UAGCCUUUAGUCUAACAACAUCCACUUCAGAGUUUAAUGAGCAAAGGGAUAUGGUGUUAUAAAAUGACCAACCAAAUUAUGUAAUUAGGGAGAGUGGAAAAUGAAGAAUUUGUUGAACAUCAUAACCUUAGUUCUUUGUGCAUGGCUCAGUUUUUGUUGUACUGAUGGAGCUCAAAAAAGAAAGAGUGGAGAGGUUUCUUUCCACAGAAUUCUUGCCAGCUCUCUCUUUCCUUCAUCAUCAUCAUGUGUUCUUUCUCCAAGAGCAUCUAACACCAAGUCGUCGUUGCUCCUGACGCACAGACACGGCCCAUGCUCGAGUUUAAGCAGCAAGAAAGCCAAGACAAGUCCCAACCAUGACGACAUCCUCAGACUCGACCAGGCUCGAGUAAAAUCCAUCCACUCAAAGCUUUCAAAGAAGCUAACACCCCAAUAUAGGGUCAGUCAAAGUCAGUCAACGGAGCUAGAGGCUAGAGACGGAAGCACACUGGGUUCAGGAAACUACAUCGUGACGGUCGGAUUCGGAACGCCGAAACACGACCUGUCUCUGGUCUUCGACACAGGCAGCGAUCUGACGUGGACUCAGUGCGAGCCAUGUGGUAAAACUGGAACAUGUUAUCCACAAGAGGAGCCCAUCUUUAACCCUUCUUCGUCUACUUCGUACUCCAACGUCUCGUGCUCAUCCCCUGUUUGCGAUUCUCUCACUUCCCAAGGUCACUAUAGAAACUGCUCGGCUUCCAACUGCAUCUACGGUAUAGGAUACGGCGAUAGCUCGUUCACUGUAGGAUUUCUCGCCAAGGAGAAAUUUACUUUAAACACCGAUGUAUUCGACGGUGUUAACUUUGGCUGCGGCGAGAACAACCAAGGACUUUUCUACGGCGCCGCCGGACUUCUCGGCCUCGGCCGCGGCGAAUUCUCAUUGCCGUCGCAGACGGCAAUGACCUACAAUAACAUAUUCUCCUACUGCCUCCCUUCUUCCGCAGACUACACUGGCCAUCUCACCUUCGGAUCAUCAGGUGGAUUAUCUAAUUCCGUCAAGUACACUCCCAUCUCCACAGCCAGACACAGCGCUUCCUUUUAUGGUCUCGACAUCGUAGGUAUUACCGUCGCCGGCAAGGAACUGGAGAUUCCUUUAACCGUGUUCUCUGCUCCCGGUGCUAUAAUCGACUCAGGAACCGUGAUUACUCGCCUCCCUCCCAAGGCCUACGCGGCACUACGUACCGCGUUUAAGGAGAAUAUGUCGAAUUAUACGACUACGAUGGGACAAUCGAUACUUGACACGUGCUACAAUUUUACUGGCUUGGAGACUGUGGAGAUUCCUAAAGUCUCGUUCUCCUUCAAAGGCGGCACCGAUGUGGAGGUUGACUCCAAAGGGAUUCUGUACGUGUUUGAUGCGUCGGAGGUUUGUUUGGCGUUUGUGGGGAAUGGUAACGAUGAUGACGUGGCCAUUUUCGGGAACGUUCAGCAAAAGACGAUACAGGUUGUGUAUGACGGUGCGGGGGGACGGGUCGGGUUUGCUCCGGAUGGUUGUAUGUAAGUUUGAUGAGAGACAAAAUAAAAUUUGGUAAGUUUGUAUUUAUAGGAGCUUUGCGAUUAAUCAAGUGUGGCCUGGGCAUUUCGGGUA